AGACCAGUAUCUGCGGAUUACUACGACAAGAUCUUGCUGGGAAGAACUGUGUGAUACUGCACUUGAUGUUACAAGUACUGGAACGUCCGUUUCUGUCGCAUUGGGACCCUACGAACGGGAAGCAUGUUCCUCAUGCUGAUCUCUCCUCGAAAGUUCCAGUCACCAAAGCCCCUUUUAUAUAUUCUAAGACCGAGGAGCUUGUUUGGAAAUGGGAACAGUCAAAGCUCUGCGGUCGGAGUAUCAACAUCGCACUCUCUUCCGCCAUGAUUCCACAAGGUCAUCCACCAAACAAAGCUGAUAGCCAAGGCAAAUUCGUAUCCAUCGAGAAUGGCAUCAUUCAUGUUUUUUCAAAGGCGCAUCUCAUGAAUCUGGAGCCACAUGACUAUCAGAUCGGUAUUCUGGAGACAACGCAUUCAGCAAACUUGAAGAUUAUCCUUCUCGGUGCGAAGAAAGAGAGGCAAACAAAAUGUCUCAGCGGAAGCCUCUUUGGCCUCCAGCAUUCCCUGUUGCAGAGAGGCCCUCUUUCUUCCAACCGCUGGUCAACUGAAUUCUGGGUAUCCGACUCGGUCGUUGUUGAUUCAAGAUCCAUUGAAGAGGCUAAAUCGGUACUCAAGGCCGUGCGCCCAGAGAGCCCUGAUGAGGCAACGUAUGUCUGUGUUGGCCUUCCAGUCACGAUCUUCGGGCCAUUAUUCAACACGCUGGUUUCGAAAUGGAACGCGAGUGCGGCUUCCUUCGAGUACUCCAACGGAUUCAUCUGGAUAUAUUUCACAGUGGACCCGACAAACUUUAAGAUUGACGCGGGCGAAUUUUCCAGUCCAGCCAAGCAAUCUAUUUCUUCCAUGCUGAAGCAAAUGAACGGUAAAUCCUGGUUUGUUAGGGCAAAGCUCAUGUUCAGACUCAAAAGGUCGAGCGGGGAGAAAGCGGUUAUCCUUGCCGAGCUCCUAGAAGUUUCUCACAUACAUGUCACCUCUUCUCAUAAGCCCAUCACUCACUCUUAG